CCCGCGCCACCGUCGUCAAGGGAAGCGUGGAGGUUGCUAGGAGACGGGCUGGCUACAUUGCAAACACCCCCGGGGAACCGGCAGGAGGACCGGCGCCAUGGGCGAGGAGGGGGCAGACUUCGCGGGUCGCCCGCUCUGCUCCUACCUCACCUACAAGUCGGAGGGCGACCGGCUGUAUAGCCUGGGCAAGUACGAGAAGGCCAUUCAGAGCUACACGCUGGCCCUUCGACAGGAACCGAAGAACAGGAAGUGUCUGGUGGCCCGCUCCCGCUGCUUCCUGUCGAUGGGGAAUGCCGCGGCGGCUCUGAGCGAUGCCGAGGCCUCACAGGUGCAGAAGAAGGAUUUCCCGCCGGGGCUUUAUCAAAAGGCCGAGAGCUUGUACGCCAAGGGGGAGUUCGAGCUGGCCUUGAUGUACUAUCACCGCGGGCAAAAACUCCGCCCGGACGACCGCCUGUUCCGGCUGGGAAUCCAGAAAGCCCAGGAAGCCAUCACCAACUCGGUCGGCAGUCCCUCCUCCGUGAGGUUGGAUACAAAAGGUGACCUGUCCUUUUUCUACAGAAAGGAGGAGAAAGUGGCCCCGAAAACGAAAUCGCAACCGUGGCGACAGAGUCUCGACCUGAAGCAGGCGUCGCCGAUGAAACAGAACCAGCUGGAGCCCAAGACCAACCGGACGGUCCGGGCACUGCUGGGCGAGCUGUACCACGACAAGGAGUACCUGGAGAAGUUGCUGACUGACAAAGAGCUGAUGAAGGUGAACACGGGGUCCGGAGGGACGGUGCAGGACCUGGUGACCGGCGGAAUCUCGCUCCUGGACGCGCAGACCGAGUUCUGGCGGGAGCAGAAGCCCAUCUUCGCCCGGGAGCGUGAGCGGCGGCUGAAGGAGCAGGUCUGGAAGAGCCACCGGCUGCCGACCCGGGAGACCACCGCCGUCCUGCAGAAGAUGGCCGAGAUCGACGCCCUGUUUGUGGACGGCCACGCUGAAGAGUGCAAGCAGGCGGCCACCGAGCUGCUGGACAGGCUGAGAGGGUGGACGACUAGGGAGGUCCCCAGCAAGGUGGAGUUCCUGGCCCACCUGUACAACGCCAUCGGCAACGCCCAGGCGGAGCUGGGGGACGUGGAGGGCGCCUUGGAAAGCCUCAAGAAGGACCUGCACAUCUCCAGGAAGUAGUGAGUGAGACCCCGGUCGCUCUGC